CACCAAACCAACUUCUCUAUAUAUGUAUCUGUCUGUACUUAUGUAAUAUAUUUUCCCUCGUUUCUUUCCCCAUUUUUUUCCCUAGAAAGAGAAGCAACAACAAGAGAGAGAUUCUUGAACCUGAAACUGUUACAACACAGGAAUGUCAGAGGUUAAGGACCCUGCGAUAAAGCUUUUUGGAAGGACAAUUUCGCUGCCACACACACACAUCAAUGAUUCUUUUUCUUCUGCUUCUGCUUCAGGACCUGCUUGUGCCCCUUCAUCUUCCUCUUCUCCUCGUGAAGUUACCUCUUCUGCAACACAACAACAGCAUGAACCUGAGGAACCAUCAAGGAAAGUACUUACCUCAUCACAAGAUGAUGAUGAUGCCUCACAUCAAACCACAGAGGAUUUGAAAUCUUCCACAACAUCUUCAGGCAUAUUUGAGAAUCCUAAGACUCCCUCAGCAGAAACCGAGACAUCAAUACCGAAAUCCUCCACAAAUGGAGAAAAAAGCGAGAAAAGUGCUUCUGAAGAAAAAACACUAAAGAAACCUGACAAGGUACUUCCAUGCCCGCGAUGCAAUAGCAUGGAAACCAAAUUCUGUUACUACAACAACUACAAUGUCAACCAACCUCGCCAUUUCUGCAAGAACUGCCAGAGAUACUGGACAGCUGGAGGUACAAUGAGAAAUGUGCCGGCAGGAGCCGGUCGUCGAAAGAACAAGAAUUCCUCGGCGACUGUGUCACAUUACCGGCACAUAAUGUUCUCUGAAGGGCUUCAGGGAGCCACACUCAAUGCCCCCAAUGGAUUGCAUAAUGCUGUUAUGACCUUUGGUCCUGAUUCUCCCCUUUGUGAUACGAUGGCAUCUAUGUUGAACAUUGCUGAGAGAGCACAAAGUUGUGUUCCAAAUGGGUUUCAUGUAACUGAGCCAAAUAGUUUUGUUUCCUAUAGAAAGGAGGAGGAGGAGGAGGAUGGUACUAGUGGUCACUCUACUGGAGUUAAUUCUGUUGCAACAACAUCAACUUUAAGCCAUAGUGGCUCACAUGAAUCAUUGGAUAAAAAAGUUGUUGAAGGUUUCACUCCUCAAUUUCCAUACUUUCCAAGUGCACCUUGGCCUUAUCCUAUCCCUCCUCCUACAUUUUUCCCACAAGGGUACCCUUUAUCAUUGUAUACUACACCUGCAUAUUGGAGUUAUAUGCCACCCUCUUGGAAUAACAAUAUAUCAGCUAUCUCACCCCAAUCUUCUGUUAACAACUCUGUCUCUAACCCUACUUUGGGGAAACACUCAAGGGAUGGAAACAUCAUUGCUUCAUCCAAUUCACAAAGAGAAAUGCAUGACAUGGAGCACAACAGCUCAGAACACAAUGCCUUGAUCCCCAAGACACUUAGAAUUGAUGACCCUAGAGAAGCUGCAAAGAGUUCCAUUUCCAUGUGGUCAAAACUAGGGAUCAAGAAUGAUGACAAGGCCAGUUCCGGAGGCCUUUUCAAGGCUUUUCCAUCAUCCAAGGGAAAUGAUAUCAAUCAUCAAAUGGUUGAAGCAUCAUCGCCGGUGUUGCAGGCCAACCCUGCGGCUCUAUCGCGGUCUCUUACCUUCCGCGAGCAGACCUAAAUGGGAAUGAAUCACAGUGAGCCAAAUCAAGUGCAACCUCAUUUUGCUGACAAGUUAAGAAAUUGUUUUGUUGAACAACCUCUCUAUGCAGAAUUCCUAGGACAGAAGAAGUGUUUCACUAUGGCUUCUCUAGCUACCAAUACCAUCUAGAGCCUGUUAAAACUGAAACAGGUGUUUUGUUCCAGAAUUAGAUGAUAUCUGUUGAGUAAAUAUCUUGGUGUACAGAUAUAUAUAUGUGUGAGAUGAGGAAAACUAGGGGGAGAAAAGAGAAAGGAAAGGAGAUUCUUAGACUAAAAAUCCAAUGGUGAAGAAUAAACUUACUAGUCUUCGUUGGUUAGAA